CACACCCCCAUUGCACCUCAUGGCGACCGUUGCGCCCCCUCCAAGUAAGAGGCAGAAGCUGGCCGCAGUGGAAAAAGCAGAAAAGAAAGCCGAAGAUGCCAGAAUACCCGAAGAUCUGGGUUCCGUUCGAAUUCAAUUUGUCGAUCAAAGUACUGGCAAGCCUACUGGGUCUGUGGUCGCAGUUCCAGUAAAAGAUGCCACUGUCAAGAACCUGGAGACUCUGUUAAAUACUAUACAAGGAAAGGACCCCUCCGAACGAUUACCGUAUCGCUUCUUCUUCCGCAACGAUCGAGCCACAGCAGCUGGCGGCGACGACGAGGUCUUAGAUAUACAGACCGAUAUUUGGAACUCAGUCCUGCGCCCGGGCUUCAAGACCACCGAAGACAACAUCGUAUUGCAAUUUAUCCCUCAAGCAGUCUUCCGCGUCCGCGCAGUCACAAGAUGUUCUGCCUCCAUAUCCGGCCACGGUGAGGCCAUCUUGGUCACGGCCUUCUCGCCCCAAACAUCAUCUCGCAUGGCCACAGGAAGUGGCGACAACACCGCAAGAAUAUGGGAUUGCGAUACUGGAACACCUCUCCAUACAUUAAAAGGACAUACGCAUUGGGUCUUAGCGGUGGCAUGGUCUCCAGACGGCCAGCUGCUUGCCACGGGCAGCAUGGACAACACCAUCCGACUCUGGGACCCCAAGACUGGCGAAGCUCUCGGAGGACCACUAAAGGGUCACACGAAAUGGAUUACCAGCAUGUGCUGGGAGCCUUAUCACAACCAAACUCCAGGAAAGCCACGGUUAGCGUCUGCCUCCAAGGAUGGCACGGUGCGGAUAUGGGAUAUUCCACUCCGUCGAGUUGAAGAAGUCCUCUCUGGCCAUAAGAGUUCGGUGACAUGUGUGCGGUGGGGAGGUUUCAAUCGCAUCUUCACAUCGAGUCAGGACAAGACCAUUAAGAUAUGGAACUCCAAGACAUGGAAAUGCCUGCACACGUUAUCGACACACACUCAUUGGGUCAACCAUCUCGCUCUAUCUACUGACUUUGCUCUGAGAACAUCAUACCACGACCACACGGGCAAAGUCCCGGAUACGGUAGAGAACAAGGUCCAAAAAGCCAAAGCGAGAUUCGAAGAUGCCGCCCGACACGAGGGGACACUGGUGGAAAAGCUCAUCUCCGCGUCUGACGACAACACAAUAUUCCUAUGGGACCCGUCAGGGAUCUCUGGGGACUCGAAUGCCUCGGUGAAACCGGUUGCCCGACUUCUUGGCCACCAGAAACAAGUCUUGCACGUCUCGUUUAGUCCGGACGGUCUGUAUAUUGCAUCGGCCUCGUUUGAUAACAGCGUCAAGCUGUGGAAUGCACGGGACGGCAAGUUCAUCACAACACUCCGUGGCCAUGUUGGGGCUGUUUACAUGGUGGCUUGGAGUAGUGACUCUCGACUGCUAGCUAGCGCGAGUAAAGACACGACGGUCAAAGUGUGGGAUGUGAAGACGGGCAAGAUUAAAGAAGAUUUGCCAGGUCAUAAGGACGAGGUUUUUGCUUUGGAUUGGGCUUUGGAUGGUCGCAUCGUCGCAAGUGCCGGCAAGGACAAGACGGUCAAGUUGUGGAAGCAUUGAUUCGGCGUCUGUUGAUUUUUCCCCUGUCAGAUACCCUGGUAGAAUAAUGUGGCCGUGACGAAGUCGGCUUAUUUGAUCGUCACGUGGCAUGGAUGAUACACUUCUAG